CCAGCCUAGACUGGCUUUGAAGCUCAAUCCUUAUAUCUCAGCCUCCUGAGUAGCUAGGAUUACAGGCAUAAACUAUCAAUGCCCGACUUGUCUCCUCUUUUUAAUGGCCAUAUCUUGUCUGUCUUCCAGGCUUUGAUGGGAAUGCCUCCACUGAAGUGUUUACCAGAAUGUGCUCCAGGGAGCGCUAAUUCUUUGAAUACUAAUAUUACGCUUCAUAUCAGUAGAAAUGGACAGCAGCAGUUUUAUUCAGUUUGAUGUGCCCGAGUACAGCAGCACCGUUCUGAGCCAGCUAAACGAACUCCGCCUGCAAGGGAAACUAUGUGACAUCAUCGUCCACAUUCAGGGUCAGCCGUUUCGAGCCCACAAAGCAGUUCUUGCAGCCAGCUCUCCAUAUUUCCGAGACCAUUCGGCACUAAGUACCAUGAGUGGCUUGUCAAUAUCAGUGAUUAAAAAUCCCAACGUGUUUGAGCAGUUGCUUUCCUUUUGUUACACUGGAAGAAUGUCCUUGCAAUUGAAGGAUGUUGUCAGUUUUCUGACGGCAGCCAGCUUUCUUCAGAUGCAGUGUGUCAUUGACAAGUGCACACAGAUCCUAGAGAGCAUCCAUUCAAAAAUCAGUGUUGGAGACGUUGACUCUGUCACUGUUGGUGCAGAAGAGAAUCCCGAGAGCCGUAACGGGGUGAAAGAUGGCAGCUUCUUCGCUAACCCAGUUGAGAUCUCCCCUCCAUACUGCCCUCAGGGACGGCAGCCCACCACCAGCAGUGAGCUCCGGAUGGAGACAGCCCCCAGCAAAGCCUUGCGUAGCCGCUUACAGGAGGAGGGGCACUCAGACCGGGGCAGCAGUGGGAGCGUGUCUGAGUAUGAGAUUCAGAUUGAGGGGGAUCAUGAGCAAGGGGACCUUUUGGUGAGAGAGAGCCAGAUUGCUGAGGUGAAAGUAAAGAUGGAAAAGUCUGACCGGCCCAGCUGUUCUGACAGCUCCUCUGUGGGUGACGAUGGGUACCACACGGAGAUGGUUGAUGGGGAGCAAGUAGUGGCAGUGAACGUAGGCUCCUAUGGCUCUGUGCUCCAGCAUACGUAUUCCUACUCCCAGGCAACCUCACAGCCUUCCAGUUUGUCAGACACUUUUGGAAGCUUGAGUAAUUCUAGCCCAUCAAGGUCCAUGCUGAGCUGUUUCCGAGGAGGACGUGCCCGCCAAAAAAGAGCUUGGUCAGUCCACCUGCACAGUGACCUCCAAGGUGUGGUGCCAGGGUCCGACAGCGAAGCCAUGAUGAACAACCCAGGCUAUGAGAGCAGUCCGCGGGAGAGGAGUGCCAGGGGUCACUGGUACCCAUACAACGAGAGGUUGAUCUGCAUUUACUGUGGGAAAUCCUUCAACCAGAAAGGAAGCCUUGACAGGCACAUGCGACUCCAUAUGGGAAUCACCCCCUUUGUGUGCAAGUUCUGUGGGAAGAAGUAUACACGCAAGGACCAAUUAGAGUACCACAUCCGGGGCCACACCGAUGACAAACCAUUCCGCUGUGAGAUCUGUGGGAAGUGCUUUCCAUUCCAAGGUACCCUUAACCAGCACCUGCGGAAAAACCACCCAGGUGUCACAGAAGUCAGGAAUCGCAUUGAGUCCCCUGAGAGAACAGAUGUGUAUGUGGAACAGAAACUAGAAAAUGAUGCAUCAGCCUCAGAGAUGGCCCUAGAUUCUCGCAUGGAAAUUCAUACAGUGUCUGAUGCUCCUGAUUAGGAUGGUAAAGAAGUGCACCCAAACAAAGCACAUUAAUCAAUGCAUAUUUGUGACUUGCUUUGUGUAAUCUUUUGUUUCCCCAACUAUCUGGAAAGCUCUUGGUCUCUUGGCAGUUCUUCUAAAGUUUCUGGACGGAACACUUCAUUGUGUUUAUCCUUUCUCCCAUUCUGUCUCCCCCAAGGAGCUCAAAGCAUGAAGGGCAUCGUAUCCAGGGAAAACACAGGCUGACAGUAUUUUUCUUUGGCUGAACUCUUAAUCCCAAACCUGCCAGUUAUUUAGCUAUGCCAAUUGGUUGACCCUACAUUCUCUGCCAAGAGGCAUCCUCUCUCACUGUGGGCACUAGCACCAGUGUAUUUAUUUCCACAGGGAGACUAGGUUGCUAUCCAGCUGAUAUAAAUGGGUAACCUUUUGUAAGUUAAAUUUACUUUUCAAGGGUAGUUAGACUAUAUAUAUAUAUAAUAAAGUGAUUAUUAUAUAUAUAGUUAUAUAUACAUUCUGAAAUUUGAGUUUAUUCUGGUUGAGGUGAAUGUAAGAGAAAUAUAUAAUUUAAUACAACGUGAACAGAGCUUUUAACUCUGUCUCAUCCCUACCUAAUAUGUUAGUUUUGCCCCUUCAUUUCCCCUCCAGAAGAAUGUCAGUAGGUUUUCAUAUCUAUUAAUCAUUGUGUCCAGAAGCAGAUAAAGCAAAUCACAGUGUUCAUAGCUCUGCUUCACAGCAAAUACAUAAACCAAAUGCCAUAAAAUUUCUUAACUCUAGUUGAAACCGUUUGGAAUUUUUGUUUGUUGUCCAGCACAUAAGCUGGAUAACCUGUGGUGCUGACCUUUUUAAUAGUGUAGUAUUCUAUUAGCCAACCCCAAAGGAGCAGUGGUUUUCAAGGUUUUUACUGGCCUACAAAUCUACCUUCAUUCCGUACUGUAGAAACAUACAUUCCAGGUAACUGAACCGAAUCACUCUACCAUGAGUUAUUACUCGCACUAAAGGAAAAGAAUUUGUAGUUCUGGCUACAAAAUUCUUCAAGCAGUGUUGUUUGUUUUUCCUGUUGUUGUUAUUUUUUUUUUCCUUUCUCUUUUCAAACAGCCAGUUCAGGUGCACAGCAACUUUUUCUAUGUGCAGUUCCCAGGGAAACUGCAAAACUUGGAAUUUGUACUUUUUGUAAAGCUAUACUCUACGGGAAUUGCAAGCAAUAUAUCUAUCCUAGUAUUGUGUGUGCUAACGCGAGCCUCUGUGGCACCCCCACUCUCUGUGUUUCCUGCUGAAAGAAACCAACAGUUCAAAGCCCUCUAAGAUACUCUGUGUGUCACCAAAUCUGUAUGUGAUGUCACCAUAUUUUUGGUCACGUGGUGCUAUUUUUAUGUUCCGUGUCUUUUAGGUCAGUAUAGUUGUAGAAAAUGUGAAAUCUAAUGGUAAUAGUGAAUUAUAGUUAUUUUCCUCCCAAGUUCAUAGCUUGAAGAGAGACCUCAAAAGCAUGUGCUGGCAAACAGGUUGCUCUACAAAGACAUACCUGAGUCCUGUUUGAAUAAUGUUGUCUUAGUACUUUAGCUUCAGUUUCUCUGUUGUACCAACAGGCUUUACAAGAUCACUUUGGUACUGUAGACUCUGGCAGAGAGAACUUUUGGGAACAGGUUGGUGGUGAGUCUUGCUGCAGGCCGCCCAGGGAAUGUCAUUAUGCUUCGUCUCUCUGCCUGAGAACCUGGGCUCUGAGACCCACAACCAGCACAUCUCCAAGCCACCUAAAAAAAAAACCAGACAGAUAACCUCACAGGCUAGGAGUUAAAGAAUGCAGAAGUCAGUGUUUGCUGGUUUCCCAUGCUUUUCUGGCUCUUAAAAGACCAAGAGUGGUGGGUUCGGGGAGGGGGGGGGGUUGUUUUGAAUUUAAUUUUUUUUUUGAGAAGUCAUUCAAGCCCUCCCUGUGUGGCGUCCCCACCCCCCAGUCACCCCCUUCCAGUGGUGGCUGAGCAGUAGCACCUCUAGCACACAGGAUUUGUUCACAUGUGAACUGCUGGGCUACACCUCAGUGUUAACUCACAUAGAUUUCACUCUAACCUUGCUGCUCCUGGGGAGCAGCUCUUGCUAAUCGGGUAUAUAGUAUGCCUUUUUCCUCGUCAAACUGCCUAAGUCGGGGUUUGUUCUCUCCCUGAAGCACUUGCUCAACUUUUGAUAAAGCUGCGUGCCUCAAGGGGAGGCUGGACUCUUAAGUGUUUACCCACUUAAAUGUGUUCUGGGGUUUCAGGUAAAUGUUUGUGAUUUUUUUUUUCCUUACACAACUAAGUUUGCUUUUUGAUUUUUCUUCGUAAGAGUUAAAUGCAAAAAUAAAAAAAAUGUGUUGUGAUACAAAUUUAAGUUUGUGACAAGAAAGACCCAAAUCCAAGGACAGGAGAGUCAAGCUCAGGGAAGGAACCUCCUAUUCACUCAGGCUCAGGCCUUCUGUGAGGUCUCCAGAGCUUUCCACAGGAUGCGAGACAGGUGGAGAGUGGAGAGCACUCUUGAGGCAGUACCUCCAUGUCCUGGAUCUUGUCUCUGUGUCUGUCUGAACCUUAUUUACAUGGAGUUGUUGUGCUUGUAAAUGUGUUUUAGCUGGUUUGAGUUUACCAAAGAGUGACUUAUCCAAAAUUGUCUUUGACAAAACUAUACAUUGCUUUGAUUGUACAGUUCAGGUUCAAACAUUGUAAUGGGACUGUUAAGGGGCAGAAAAUUGAUUGAGUUUCUCUCUAAUAAUCAUGAUAUCACAUUUUGCAAGUUCCACUUGCUCCCAUUCAUGUUGCUAACACUUUACCCUCUCUCUCCACUGCUAGCAGUGUUAGAAUGAAUACUCAAGCCAUAACACAGUACUGUAACGUUCGCAGGGCUUCAAGGGAGGUGCGUAGGCCAGCACAGUGCUGUGGAGCCACUGAGUUGAGCGCUCCAAGGUCUGCCUCCAGUGGGCGGGGCUGUGGGGUGGUUCCUCUGGUGAGCAGCAGCAGUUGAUUGUGCCUUGCCACAGGAGGAUGUGCCAGGAGGUUAACAUGACCACAGAACAGAACCAUUCUCUCCCUGAAGUUCAUUCCACGUCUCCACAGACGAAGGACGCUGUGUAACUAGCUCCUUAGAGCAACUCCUUCUGGAAAGCAAAGUCCCUAUUUCUGUACAGUUUUAGGUUAGGUGUUUCAUUUAUAACAGAUGCAGAAAUCAGCUAAGAGAAAAAAGUGAUAUGUGAAGAAAUCUUUUACGGUAAAAUAUAUCCUGAAUUCCUCUAGGCUUGUUCAUAAUUGAGUCUCUGCGCUACCUUUUCCAUAUUUGACAAUGUGAAGACAGUGACAGCGUCCUUUUCUAUCAAUGUCUAACCUGUUAUUACAAACUGUGAAGACAAAAUAUUUUAUACUUUUGCUAAUGUUUGUGGUUUUAAACAGUUUUCAUUCCAAUCAGUUCUCUACCCUCUAAUUUCUACUAAAACUGUAAAUACAUUUAAAAAUAUAUUUGUAAAUACAAUUUAUGAAAAAAGUUAACUUUUUGGUUAGUGGGAAAGCUUCCCAACCAAUUGGCUCUGCCUUGGCAUUUAUUUGGGGUUUUUUUUCUUCCUUUUUUUUUUUUGUGUGUGUAUGUGUGUGUGUUUGUUGUUUAUCUUCUUUUUAAGCCGCAGAAAGGAUACUGUCAAUUCACUGUUAAGCAAAAUAUACUGUAGAACUAAAUUGCUAAAUUUUAAAUUUUUGAGAGCAUAUGACUCUUCUAAUGAUAGCGGUUAUAGCCAACUCUGUUUUUCCCUUAGCCCGGAUCAUAAGGCCUGUGUAUUUUUGUGUGUGAUUGUUUUUAUUUUUAUUUAAUGUCCUGCAUUCUAGGAAGAAUUUGCAGGGAUACAAAACAAGGGCUGGGGGAGUCAUCCAUGUGAAUGAGCUUUACUUUAGAGAUAAUGUGUUUUAUUUUAAUUUUUUUUCUAUUUGUAACUGUGACAUUUUUGUUGUUGUCAUUGUCAUUAUAGUUUAAAUCUAUAAUGGUUUCCUGUGAAGCCUCCACUGAAAGGGACUCAAAUAUGCAACACCUAAACUAUUUUCCAAGGGCACAUGCCCCUUGAAUGGUGCUUCUAGACUGGUCAGGGUUAUUUAUUAAAUUUUAUAUAUGAAAGUAUUGGGGAAUUAUGUAAAUUCUUUAUAUGAAACUAGUUCAUAAGUCAUAGAUUUCAUAUUACUCAGUGCAACUGAACUGAAAGUUCAGGAAAGUCAUUCACAUUGUUCCAAAAUUGUAACGGUUGUCACACAUCACAUGCGUCUUCUUCAAUAAGUGCCAGAGUGGUCCCACUGUUUCUGUCCAGUGCUUGACUUCUCAGCCCAGAAGAGGGCCGGCAUGCUCUGCUUCUCUCCCUGGGUCUGGCACAGACAGGGCUAUUGUAGUUCUUCAUCAAGUCUUGGAGUCGGUCUUGUGGCCGUGGUGCUCCGUGUGGCAGAUUCAGUAAACAGACCUCUUGCUGCCCCUCAGUGACAAGUAUGCUGUGAAUUCAACCUUUGGACUUGAGACUCAAGCCUCUGGUUGCUGCCCUGACUAGAGUAAGAGGUAGACUUACUUUGUUUGAAAAUAACCAUUUUUCUAAUGUGAAAACCAUCUUUCUCACCACUUUAUUAGUAGGGCUAACAUUGUUUUCCGUUAUAAGUGGUUGAGCAAUUUGAAUGACUUAACACAGUGUCAUUAUCUUGCAAUAUAAACUGGUAACCUCACAACUCCACACUUCAUUGCCAUGUGAAGUAAAUGAAGCUAGCUAAGCGGAUGCUGUAUCAACUAGUAACUUGCCAUUAAGGAUUAUUUUAUAGCAUGGAGUUAAGACUAUUUAUUCAAAUGAUAUUUUACUCUCGUAUUCAUUUUGUUUUAGAUUUGUGACAUGAAUAUUUCAGUGCUGCUUAAUUUUGUUCUGAAUUCUUGUUUCUUGCUUGUAAAUGGCUUUUUUAUGGUAUAAAGUCAAUGGACAUUGCUGUUUGUAAAUAAAAAUGCUG